AAAUAAGUAAUUGUGGGAAUAACACAGUGCGCAUGCGUACUGUAUAAGCGGAACCCGUAAGUGCGUCAACCGGAAGCUGUAACGUCCUUUCUGCUCCCGGACUGCCAUCAUGGUGUUCAAACGCUUUGUUGAGAUCGGCCGUGUUGCCUACAUCUCUUUCGGACCCCAUGCUGGCAAGCUGGUGGCCAUCGUAGACGUCAUCGACCAAAACAGGGCCCUUGUUGAUGGUCCCUGCACAGGUGUGAAGAGGCAAUCCAUGCCCUUCAAGUGCAUGCAGCUUACAGACUACGUCAUCAAAGUACCUCACAGUGCCCGUCAGAAGUUUGUGAGGAAAGCCUGGGAGAAGGCUGAAGUCACCCAGAAGUGGUCGGAAAGCAGCUGGGCCAAGAAGAUCGAGGCAAGACAGAAGAGAGCAAAGAUGUGCGACUUUGACCGCUACAAGGUGAUGAAGGCCAAGAGGAUGAGGAACAAGAUCAUCAAGCAUGAGGUGAAGAAGCUCCAGAAGGAGGCAGCAAAGAAGUGAACAGUGCCCACAAAAUAAAUCUCCUGUUCAAUUGUU